CGUGUCAGGUUCAUUCCCUGACGUGCGCAUCAUUCCCAUUCCCCAUCAUUCAUUCCAUGUCUGCCUCAUCCAAUACCAGCGACCAGGAGCACAGGUUACAUCAGAUACCCGAACUAUCUCUUCUUGGUGUACUCACUUCGCGAUAGGAAUCCCCGCGCUGCUUCGUGGUGUUGAGCCUGACGGACCGCGCGAAACUUUAGGAAGAGGAAGAAGUAGCAAAGAGUGCUUCAGGAAGGGACCAGGAGAAUGGGAUGGUCGGGCGCCUCGCUGCUCUCGCCUCAUUCCCACCAUUGCUGCGUACCGUUAUUAUUAUCCUCCUCCCAAAGCCCUACUCCAGGGUCCCUUACCGCAUCGCUCAUCCAUGGUGGUACUAGCUCCCAGCGCCGAUCCCGCUCCCCGCCGGCAAUACCAUGCGCAAGCCAUCCCUCCCACCAUCACCGACCCCAGCAUCACCGCAUUGUUUCGGGUUCUGCCGCCCUUUCGUCCCUGCCGGCUGGCUUCCGCCGCGUCCCCGCUCUCCCCGCCUUCGCGCAUUCCCCGCUAGCGCUUCCCCGUUUCAGCGACGGAUGCGGCGCGAGGAGCGGGAGCGCAAGGAGUGCCGCGCGCAGCAGCAGCGCACGUGGCGGGAUCGUGAGCAGUAGCCGCCCGGAGACCCAAAUAACGAGAUGCGAUGCGACGCGGCGGGCCAACGCAGCCGAUGCGGAAAGCAAGGGGAGCGAUGGGGGGGAAACAACAGCGACGGGGGAAACAACGGCGGGGGAGGGGAUGGUAAGGGCGGAAGGCAAGGAGCGGAGCAAAGCGGCGCAGGGAUUGACGGCAGUGGUGCUGGCAGCCGCGCUGGUGCUCGCCCCGCCGCUGCCCUCCACCGUGCUGCACUGGAGAUUGGACGACGCGAACCAGUCGCAGCUGUCGCAGGUGUCGCAGCAGUCGCAGCAGCCGCUGGGGGUGGAGGUGCGAUGGGACGAUGGCGCAGCACAUGCUUUCAUGCUGGAAAAGAUCAAGACUCUGGAGCGCUCCCUGGAAAGCCUGGUCACCUCCAUUAAGAACGGCAAGGCGCUGGACAAGGUCAUCACCGUGUGGACAGGCCCUCUGGUGACGUCAGAUGUGGUGGAUGCGCAGGUCAAGGCUGUGCUGGACGCCGAGCAGAGGGAGGCAGGCUUUAAUCUGGAGCGCAUUGGGGAGUACAUUGUGGACGCAGUCAGCGAUGCAGCCUCUAAUAUAUCUCGCUUCUCCCUAGCAGCGGAGGGGGAGGUGUCUUCUGUGGCGGCCACUGGGAUUGUGGAGGGUGCAUUUGAUAAGUUCCUGGCGUUUGAGCUGUCGACUGUGUUCUCCCACGUGCAGCGGCUGGCCAUCUUUGCUCCCAUUGUCGCCGCUGGCAUGUGGUGGCAAAUGCAGGGUCGGAAUCUCUUCCCAUGGGGCUCCGAUGGCGGCAGCAGCAGCAGCAGCAGGCCGGGAGGAGGCAAGGGCGAGUGGGAGGAGGACGAGGAGGAGGAGGUGCGGCAGCAGCGGGCGCUGCGGGUGCGGCGGGAGCUGAGGCGAAUCGAGCUCAAGGCGGAGCUCAGGGACGAGCUGGCUGCUCUCGGUGAGCGCGCCCUGCGGCCAGGCAUGCCCCCCUCGUCCACCACGUCUGCCGAGCGCCGGGAGGUGGAGGACCUGCUGCUGCAGCUGUGCCAGCUGGGCCCGCCGAUCGGGUUCCUCGCAGGGGGGGAGAGGGGGUGGGUGGAGGAGGAGAGUGUGGGGGUGGUGGUUGACAUGCAGGGGAAGGGAGGGGCGGUGCAGGAGUGGGUGGAGAGCGAUGCUUGGGAUGGUGAUGGUGGCAGAGGUGUUCCGCUAACGCAAGGAUCGUGGGUGCUGAUCUACUCUUCAUCCGACCCAGAGCCUCCUCCAUCCACGGAUCCGCCUCCCCUGCCAACCAUUCCACUCUCACCCAUGCAGCUGCUGCUUCGGGCGGCAGAAUUGCCAGGAGUGGAGAUUGCGCGGCUGACUCAGCAAAUCGGAUCCGAUUCUGGCGGUUUUCUGACUGGCACAGGGGGAGGAGGAGGGGGAGGGGGGGGUAGGGAUGGGAGGGGAGUGCAGGAGGGUGAAGGAGAUGGUACCGCUGGGGGGGAUGCGGUGAGUGGAGGUGGAGGAGGAGGAGGAGCAGGUUCUGGUGAUUCUUCAGUUGUUAUAUCCAGAGAGUAUGUGGACUUAAAGCUUGGUGCCCUGGGCAAGUUUCGUCUCUCCCUAGGCUACUCCUCCAACUCGCCCUCUUUCUCCUCCUCUUCUCAAGAACCCCAGCAACAGCAGCAGCAGCAGCAGCAGCAGCAGCAGCAGGGGCAUGGUCAGCUGGCAGGGUUGUUAACCUCCUUCUCCUCCCUCUCACUGCAGCCUUUGGAAGUCUGGGGCAACAGCAUUCCCUCUGCUGACCUGCCCCUGCUCACACUCACUCUCCCUGUGCCCCCGCCUAUCCAGAGGGCGGUGGCAGCGCGUGCCGCCACGGCAGCGGGUGGCGAGUGGGUGACGUGCUAUGUGGACGAUGACCUGCGGGUGGACUGCAAUGAGGAGGGGCUCUUCCUGGUGUUUGCCCGCGAGUGAGUGAGCGAGCCUCUGAGUCAAAGCAGUGGACGGCAGGAGGGGGCGAGUGGGUGGGUGAUGUGCUAUACGGACGACAACCUGCGGGUGGACUGCAACAAGGAGGGGCUCUUCCUCGUGUUUCCCCGCGAGUGAGUGAGCUUUGGAGUCGAACCGACUCAAAGGCUGCGCACUGUGGUUACUUCGGCAAGUACUUUAUGGGGGUGCGGCUGGGGGGGGCGAUUGGAGUGGGUGACGUGCUAUACCUACAUGCACGAGGAGGAGGCGGGGCCAUUUGCAGCUGGACCGCAAUGAGGAGGGGCUCUUCCUGGCGUUUGCUUGUGAGUGCAGUGGAGUGAUGUGUUUAGGGACAGUUUUUUGAAAGCUUUUGGAGUGGACUGAAUCCAUGUGCUUGCAUGGGGAUACUGCAGUGACGAGGGAGUGGGGGACGGCAUGAUCGAAGCGCACACGUUUUUUGUCAAUCUAAAUUAAGAACACCGAUUUUGAUUAGGCAGUUUUACCAUUGCUGUGUCUAAACUAAUACGAAGGAUAAAGGAUACGAACAUCA